AUGGUACACAGGCUCUAUAGCAAACUUGGGAAUCCUCUUUCCAGAAACCCAGGAUCUUCUCAGAACCAUGAUGCUGGCCAGAUAGAAAGCAAGUCCAAUUCCUGCUCUGCAGCAACCAAGCUGAAUUCCCAGCAAGAAAACCAGGCUGAGAUUGUGGAGGCAGAUCCUCUUGAGAAACUCUCAGCAGAUUCAACAUUAAAAAUAAUGGCAUACAAUCCCUACAGUUUGAUUGAAAAUGUGUACUCACCAGAGAUGCCUUCCUCAGCAUCACGUUCCGCCAACAGUUGGUCCUGUGAGCUACGCCUCCAAAGCUCAUUUAUGACAAGCAGCAUCCACCCAAGGAAGUCAUUCAGGUCAUUUUCAGUAGGAACUCCAGCUUGCAAAAAGCAUGACUCAUCAUGGCUAGCUUCAGUGACUGAGUUGGCUGUUAGUGGAUUCAGGCAGUGCCAAGUAUCUGGUAGUAAGGAAAAAACUACAACAGUGCGUAGGGAUUCUUCUCCACCAAAGCCACUAUUAUUUGUGACAGGUCAACAUUUGAAUGUGGGUGGAGCCCCAGAGGUUAAAUGCCGUGUCAUCCAGAAUGAAUGGUCUCUGCUUGAUGACAUUUGUUCAUACUCAAUUGGGAAUGCUGUUCACUUAGAAAACAUGACAAAGUGCACCCUGGGCCAUAAAUCGGACACACACAGCAGUGACAUGGUAUCACUCCCUGGAUUUGAGAACCUCACAGAGGGCUACAACAAAUAUCUCAGGCCCUACUUCGGUGGGAAACCUGUUCAAAUAGCAUUGAGCCUGGAUGUUGCAAGUAUUUCAAGUAUAUCUGAGAGUGACAUGGACUACACUGCUACAAUAUACCUGCGGCAGCGCUGGAUGGACCCCCGCCUGGUUUUUCAUGGCAACAAGAGCUUCACUUUGGAUGCUCGUCUAGUGGAAUUGCUCUGGGUGCCAGACACAUAUAUUGUGGAGUCUAAACGGUCUUUCCUGCAUGACGUUACUGUGGGGAAUCGUCUUAUAAGAUUAUUCUCCAAUGGCACUGUCUUGUAUGCAUUAAGAAUCACUACUACUGUUGCAUGUAACAUGGACCUGUCAAAAUAUCCCAUGGACACACAGAUGUGUAAACUGCAGCUGGAAAGCUGGGGAUAUGAUGGAAACGACAUAGUGUUCACUUGGUUUAGGGGAAACGAUUCAGUCCAUGGCCUGGAAAAACUGCGUCUCUCGCAGUACACUUUGGAACGUUAUUACACUCUGGUCACGAGAUCGCAGCAGGAAACAGGCAACUACCCGAGACUGAUACUGCACUUUGAGCUGCGAAGAAAUAUCCUGUACUUCAUUUUGGAGACCUAUGUUCCUUCCACGCUGCUUGUUAUCUUGUCCUGGGUUUCUUUUUGGAUCACCCUGGAUUCAGUUCCUGCAAGAACCUGCAUUGGAGUAACAACUGUGCUGUCGAUGACAACUCUGAUGAUUGGCUCCCGGACCUCGCUAUCUAAAACCAACUGCUUCAUAAAGGCCAUUGACGUUUAUCUUGGCAUCUGCUUCAGUUUCAUUUUUGGUGCCCUGCUGGAAUAUGCAAUUGCUCACUACAGCUCAUCACAGAAACAUGCAGCUAAAGAGCCUCAAAAGGGGCCUACCAAAGAAGCUGAAGAUGUCAACAUCACGAACAUCCUCAAUAGCUCCAUCACCAGUUAUAAGCAGAAAAUAAGUUUAGCUAGCACUGAGAUUUCCAGUGAUAACGUCAGCUAUUGUGACCUGACCAUGAAAACCCAUGACAAAAUUAGGUUUGUGUUGAGAAACAAAAUGCACAGCAUCAUAAGCUAUUUCACAAUUCAGAAUCCCAGCAAUGUUGACCAUUACUCAAAGUUACUUUUUCCUUUGUUUUUCAUGCUAGUCAAUGUAUUUUACUGGGCUUACUAUCUGUAUUUUUAG